CAGCUUGACCAACGUCACUCCAAUCGUGGUGGGGGGACUGCCAGUGGAGGCGGCCCUGGAUCGCACCCCACCUGCCCCAAGCUCAAAGCGUCAGAGAUUACUCAUCACCCUCAACGGCCGAGCGACCGGCAUGCAACUUGGCAAGCCGGGGAGCGUCACCCGGGAGAUCAGCGGUGCAUCACUGACGAAGCGACACGCGCCCUUACGCGACGACCUGGCGAUGCUCUCUAUCCGGCGUCAAAGCUAACGACAACGCAUUCAUUCCGAAUAGUUCCGCCGCGUUCACCAUGGCUUACGAAGACUCCGCCAAUCCGCUCGCCGAGUCUGGCGUGACGAUGCACUCCGACAGCGAACACUACAGCGAGGAGCCCUCAGCAUCACCCUCGUCUUCAGGGUCGCCGGUGAUUGUAUAUAAGCCGCCUACUAUGUGGUCACUGUUUCGCGGUGCUGCCAUUAACCUUGUGCUGCCGUUCAUCAAUGGCAUGAUGCUGGGUUUUGGAGAGCUCUUUGCGCACGAGGCUGCCUUCCGGUUAGGCUGGGGCGGCACAAAGGUCUUCCCCACGAAUCGUCGGAGGACACACCCAAUCGGCCCUGGCAUUGAGAUUGGCGAGCCACGCGAGAAACCCAGCCCGACAUUGGAAGACUUUGCAAGUCUAGAGUGAAGCGCGGCUGAGGUGAUACGGGAGUUCUCUGGUCUGGAACAGAACAGGCCUCCCGGUAUUCUAUCGACGUAUUCUAGGCCUCCGGCUCGUGGGUUAUUACACGGUCUGCAAUGGAUUCUGAGAAGAGGCGUCUAGGCUUGCAUGGUCUUGCAUCACCGGGCGAUGGCACUGAACUGCCAGCACAGCACACAUAGAACAGUAAAUAUGGCAAGGUCUGCAAUGUAUUAUCAUGCCGUUCUCUCAUGA